AUGUCUGGCCGCCCCAGGCCUCCCAUCCCGCUGCAGAUGGCGGGCGGCCGCCCGCAGCCGGGCCAUCUCCGCCGCCGCCACCACACGCGCCGUCCGCUGGCCGCCUCGCCGCCUUCCGCCUCGCCCGCCCUCGGCGCCGGUGCCGCGGGGGGCGCCGUUUUCGAAUUUACCUUCGAGAGCGGCGUCACCCGCGGCACCAUCGCCCCUCCCGGCUCCCCGGCCGGCUCUGUCCGCGCCGGGGUGGACAACCACCACCACCGGGAGGCGGAGGAGGAGGCAUCUGAUGCUGUCCCUGACCCGCCCCGCGCCCUUCCCGUUCCCCCUCCCGGUCGCCGGCCCCCGGCCCUGGGGCCACGUGCGGGUGGCCUUUAUGGCCAGGCGUACGUGGUUGGGGCGGGGCGGCUGCACUACGAAGCCACCUCCCGCAUGGACGACUGGAUCGGCCGGUUGCAGGUGCUGUCGCUCGAGCGGCAGCAAGAGGAGGAAGAGGAAGAGCAGCAGCAGCAGGAAGUGGUUGGGGGCUCGGCUGUGGCUGCCGCUGUUAUCAGCCCCGCGAGUGAGAACGCUGCCAGAAAUGGCAGCAGCGAGAAUGCCCGGGCCGGCGACAAGAGAAGUUCACCGUCCGAUGGCCACAACAACGCGGUUGCCGACACUGACCAGCCCGCGCCCAAGCGUAGCCGCGUGGGCAGCAUAUUCAGAAGGAACAGGGCCAAGGCCACGACCGCCUCGUCCCCGGUUGCCGCAACCGGCAACAUGUCCGCCCCGCCCGGCGGUCCGAGUGCCAUCUCCCGCGUCUUCUUCCGCGCGGGCUCGGCCGUUGCAGCCACUAUCGCCUCCGGCACCGGUGCGUCUGCUGUCCCGCGCACCAUCAAGGUGUGCCUGGUUGGAGAUGUUGGCGCGGGCAAGACUGCUUUUUUCAACCGUCUUGUCGGCAACCCUUUCACUCCGACCUCCCCCUCCCUGGCUCCGGACUUCAAGACCUUCACCGUUCACACCGAGGACGACACCCUAGUGCACGUCGAGCUCUGGGAUUUCCCGGGAAUCGUGGCUGGCGAGCCCCGGGGUCCUCUCCUCUCCACCUUUUUCCAUGCGGCAAUUAUUUGUUUCAGCCUGGAAGAUAAGGGGAACCUUGCCGCCCUCUCCCAGGUCUGGAAGCCCAAGCUCGACGGGUCGCUGCAUGACGGCGCUCUUUUCGUGCUCGGUCUCAAGCGCGACUUACGCCCGUCCUUCCCGACCCUCGACCUCCCCUUUCUGCCCGCGAAAGAGCCAGUGAGUCAGGCACUCGCCGUGGAGUCCGCCCGGGCGAUCCACGCCAACGGCUACGGCGAAUGCUCCGCCAUGGCCGACGACAACGUCCAGGAGGCUUUCAACGGCAUGAUCAACGAGGUGAUCAACGGUCUCACCGCACACGAGAGGGAUAUGAGCAGGAGCCGAAGGCGUGGACGCGCAAGGGCGGCGUUUGAGCGCUGUCUUGCCAACUGCGCGCUGAGUCGGUUCGUGCGGGGAGAGCGGAACUGA